AGAUUUGAGUUUGUGAGAUAUUGAUAAUAUAUUGGGACAGCAAUUAGGGAUGGGGAGGUACUUGAAUAUUCAAACAGAGCUUAGUCUAGUAUUGGAUCAACUGUUGUAUGAUUUUUUAAAUUCUUUAAAAAACGUUUGAAUUAAAUUGUAUAAGCUUUUAAUUUAGCUACUGCUGGUUCUUAUGUUACGUUUUAAAUGAAAAUGCAAUUUAGCCUAAUUUUAUAGCGCAUUUUAAGCUAGCCCUCCAGUCAGUCCUGACAUAGAAGAAGGCCUGUAUGCUCCCCACUUCAAAUAGCGAAUAUAGGCGCGCACAUAUUCGUCCCCAGGCUAAAUGCGCAUUAUUGGAGUAGAUUGCUGAAGUGAAUUUACUAAAGCACAAUUUAGGCGGAAGAAUAGUCUGCUGGUGAACGAGAUAAGCGGGAGCCUGACAGAGCUGCCAAUAUAACUUGACAGACCAUUGACAUCCAUGCAAAACACUCGCCAGAUACAUGUUAUUCAGCCACUGAGGACAGAAAUGUAACGCUGUGACGUAGCAGACACUCAGAGGUUAUUUCGUUUUCAAAUUAUUGAGCUGGGCUGUAUCAAAUAUGAGGCAAAUUCUAUCACGGGGAACGUCAGACUUUAAUUAUUUGUUUAUUUAUUUAUUUUUGCCAACAUCAAACUUAUAAUCUUUCACAAAAUCACCUCUAUGACAUACUUCUUUAUUACGACGUGGAAACUCGAUUUCAGAACCUUGGACAAUUCUGAUGGUCACAACCAUAACAACCUUGAACUCAAAGCACUGGACAACCCGUCUUUACCUUUCAAUUAACAAAGAAAAUAUACAAAUAUCUUUACUUUUUCACAUAUCAACUUGAAAUCAGCACUAUUGACCAUGGGAACCACAAUGUCUAUCUCGCUUCGCAAGAAGGCAGUCCUCUUCAAAGAUGGGCCGGACACUGUGGGCCACUUGAUGGAAGUCCAGACCGGUAAGAGCGCAAAAGACAAGACUCUGAAGCGUUACUCGCCAUGGAGGCGGAGUGUGAAGAAGAAGAGCUCCAAGAAGGUGCAGGCCCACGAGAACACCAACCAAAACAACAUUGCCCAUCUGAGUAAUGAGAACCUGGAGAAGUCUCAGUCCUUCUCCAACCCGUCCACCCUCACCCUGGAGAAGUCUCAGUCCUGUGACAAGCUGUCCACCCAGGACCAGAGCACUCCAGCCAUCUCCAACAGCUCCAACAACGCCGCCUCGUUGGUCGUGACGGCCCCCUUAUCCAACUCAAACACGGCCCCCGACACGCCCCAGAUGGUGACCGUCCAGGACCUCGACACUCCCAGGAGGCUGGUGAUGGGCCAUGCUACAACCGGCGAGCUGCUGCGCUGCCUGGGUGAGUUCCUGUGCCGGCGCUGCUACCGGCUCCAGGACAUGACUUCCAUGGACCCGGUGCUGUGGCUGCGGGUGGUGGACCGUUAUCUGCUGGACAACUGCUAUCAGAGCCAGAGCUGCAUCAAUCCGGCCGCUGUGGUCUUCCUCUACAUGCUGUGCCGCGAGGCGGUUUCCUCCGAGGUGGCCACCUUGCACGAGCUGCAUGCCGUGCUGCUCACCUGCCUCUAUACGACCUGCUCCUACAUGGGCAACGAGAUCGCCUACCCCCUGAAACCCUUCCUGGUGGACACCUGCAGGCAGACCUUCUGGAUCCGCUGCAUGACCAUCACCAAGCUGAUGAGUGUCAAGAUGCUCCAGAUGAACACAGACCCUAACUUCUUCUGCCAGGUGUUUGCUGACCUGAAGAACGAGAGCCAGAAGGAGGAGAAGAAGAGCCGCCUGCUCAGCGGUGUGUACAGCACUCAGUGAGGGACCUUGGGUAUAGGGGCCAGGGG